AUGGAUCCCUCACAGAGGAAUCAAGAUGAUCCUCUAGUGACCUACGACUGGAGAUCAUUAACCACUCCGCCUAUACAACACCCUUAUCCAACACCAUUACCCUUCUCACCAGGUGUCCCAACCCAGGUCCACUCUGGACCAGCAUCCACAGCGGGCUCAACAACCACUCCAGCUCCAAAAGUAGCCAUCCCCCGUCUAGCAGGCUCCGAUGCCACGCUACACGGACGCAGACGCUCAGCCCGCGCCUGCGAGCCCUGUCGACAACGUAAGAUCAAAUGCGACGGGAUGCGGCCUCAAUGCGGCCAAUGCGUAUAUAACAACCAAACCUGUUCCUACGAGGAUGUGAAACGAGUGCGCGACCAGAAACGACUCCGUUCUCUGUCCAAGCGCGUCGAUGCAUACGAGGCGCUCUUGCGUGACCUCGAGGCCGAGGUGGAUGUACCUACGGCGAAAAAGAUCCGAAAAGCGAUGAAGGUGAUGAAGCCGAAAAGCGGGAAGCCGCCGAAACCCGAUGGAGAGGAGUCCGAUGACUCGUCCACUUCGAUGGGCUCACUCGAUGCGAUUGAUCAGGUGGAUGAGGAUUUGAAUCGGAAUGAGGGGACGCGCGCGGCUGGUUUCUUUGGCAAGAACUCGGAGGUCAAUUGGAUUCGCAAGUUGGAGAGUGGUGUGCGCAUGCAGAGUCCUGAACGGCCCGGGGCGCCGAACCCGUUUCAUUUGGAGAGUGAGAGUGAUCCGGAGUGGAUUCAGAAGCAGCAAUCGCUGGAACGGCAGAUUCCGACUUCCAUGAUGGAUUAUCAUCUCGAUGGGGUGGCGAUUCCCUUGAUUGAACCGUGUGAUGUCUUGGCUGUGCCUCCGCGCGAGCUCGCGGAUCGAUAUUUCGACGCGUACUUGGUCAACGUGCAUCCGACGUUCAGCGCUAUUCGGAAGAUGAUCUUCAUCUCGCAGUAUCAGCAGUUCUUCAAUAAUUCCUCCACUCCAACGAGGAAAUGGCUGGCGGUUCUGAACAUGAUUUUCGCUAUUGGCUGUCGCUACUGUCGGCUUAUCGAUGGGCCUCAGGCCGACGAUGAGGACGAUUUGCUAUACCUGACUCGGGCUCGCCACCUCGGACUACACAGUAAUGUUCUUUUCGAACAUACCGAUCUUCAGCAGAUCCAACUCGAGCUUCUAGUCGCUAUCUACCUCCUCUGUCUAGGGCAGGUCAACAGAGCAUCCAAAUUCUCCAACAUGGCCCUCCGCUCCGCCCUCUCCCUGGGAAUCAACCUCCGCCUAACAGACGACCGCACCAAAGACGCCGCCAAAGAAAGCCGCAGCCGUCUCUGGUGGUCCAUCUACUCCCUCGAACAUCUCCUAGCCUCGAUGACCGGCCGCGCCUCCUGCGUCGGCGAAGGCCUCUGCUCCGUCCCCGCCCCUCUCCCCUGCGAAGAGGAAACCUUCGACCACCCAGAUGCCAAGCGUCUCCUCCAAGACCCCGCCCUCCGCGAAUCCCAACUCCGCUCCACCCUCUUCGAACCCCCGUCCCACUACCAAACCCAAGCCUGGGUAACCUCCUGUCCACCCUGUCCAUCCCUCUUCUUCCACCUCCUCGUCGACCUAACCCUCAUAACACACGCCCUCGUAAACAGAGUCUACAGCAUCGAAGGACUCCGCAAAGGCGCCUCCCAAACCGAAUACCACGUCCAAAAAUUCAGUCUAAAAAUGGACCGCUGGCUGGCCAAAUUACCCCUCCCCCUACCAAUUCACCAUCCCAAACACAACCCAAUGGAAUCUAAACCACACCCACCUCUCCACAACCUCCGCCCCCUUCGUCCGCGAACGACCCUAACCUACUUCUCAGCCCGCAUAACCCUCUACAGACCCUGUCUAACCCACAUGGAACAAGCCCAAUCCACCCCAACCAACCCAGAAACAUCCCCUCACUCCCAACUCCGCGCCGAAAUGGCCACAAACUGCCUCCAAGCCUCGUGCUCCCUAAUCUCCGUCUUACCAGACACACCCAACAUGACCUGGCUAGCCCGCACAGCACCAUGGUGGAGCGUCCUACACUUCCUAAUGCAAGCAACCACAGCCCUAUUACUCGGUCUGGCAUUUUCUUCUCACGCGCGUGCCGCGCAGAGUAAUGGGAAUGGUGACCAGAGUCAAUCGCUGCUUACCCCGCCUGCGGCCAGCGUUUAUAAGCCGCUCGAGACGGAUUUGGGGACUGUUAUGCUCGCCGCUAAGAAGGCGUUUACUUGGUUGCAUUUGUUGGCUAAGGUCGAUUUGGCGGCGAAGAGGGCGUUUCUGCUUUGUCAUGGGAUUGCGAAGAGGAUUUUGCCCGGUUUGGGGGGUUGA